AUGCUCGGUAAUGCCGUUGAUGGCACAUCAGCUGCAGGUUUGCAUGUACCCAGACAGGACGAUCUACAGUCGAUGGUCUCACAAUUGCUCACCAGAGUCAACGAGAACAACUCAGAUGCCCUGCAUGUACGUAAACAGAUGUUUUCACGAAAAUUCUGGAAGAGAUGA